AUGGAUUCAACCAAGAACAAACCUUCAUUGCAGCUCCAAAGGAAGGAUUUUUUUUUAGUAAUGAAGGAGAGAAUAAGUAAUGAAUCCUCUUUCUCUGAAUUUCUGCUCCUGGAGUUCUCAUCAAUACGAGAACUGCAGAUUCUACACUUCUUUAUGUUCCUGUUAUUGUACCUUUCAACUGUAUUUGGGAAUCUUCUCAUCAUCUCUGCCGUAGCUUUUGACCACCACCUUCACACUCCCAUGUACUUCUUUCUGAUGAACUUGGCCAUCCAGGACCUGGGAGCAGUUUCCGUCACCAUCCCCAAAUCCAUCGUGAAUUCUCUCAUGAAUACCAGAAGCAUUUCUUACACUGGAUGCGUUGCUCAAGUUCUUUUCCUUAUUUUCUUCUUGGCAUCUGAUAUUUCCCUUCUUACAGUCAUGGCAUAUGAUCGCUAUGUUGCCAUCUGCAAUCCCUUACAAUAUGAAAUGGUGAUGAACAGGACAGCCUGCAAACAAAUGGUUGCUGGUGUGUGGGUUGCUGGAAUUUUCAAUGCAGUCAUGCACACGAGUGCAACUUUUGCAACCCCUUUCUGCUCAAACAUUGUCAAUCAGUUUUUCUGUGAGAUCCCAAAGAUACUUCCACUUGCUUGCUCAAACCUAUACCUAUUGGAAAUUGGAGCUUUAGUAGUGAGUGUAACAGUUGUGUCUUGGUGUUUUGUCUUCAUUGUUGUCACUUAUGUUCAUAUCUUUACUGCAGUUCUGAAAAUCCCUUCUGUUCAGGGAAGGAAAAAGGCCUUCUCCACUUGCAUACCUCACCUUGUUGUCUUCUCCGUAUUUUGUUUCACAGCAUGGUUUGCUUACCUUCGGCCUCCCUCUAAAACUCCAUCUGACCUGGACUUUGCACUAACUGUGAUGUAUAGUCUUGUACCACCCUUGUUCAAUCCAAUAAUUUAUAGCAUGAGAAAUAAGGAGAUUAAAAAUGCUUUAUCAAAGCUGCUGGGUUUGAGGCAAUCUUCUCUGGUUAUAUCUUCCAAGAUUGUUCUGAAAAGGUAUAAUUAA